UUGGACUUGGUCUCCUCUAUAGAAAUCAACUUCACUCACAUGACACUAAGCUGUAUGACUCUCAUCCUGAAGACUGCUGAAGCAUCAGCUUAAUAUAUUACACAACUGUUUUACAGUUUCCUCUUUCCUAAUUUAUUUUCUCUGGUAUUUUAGUUAAAAAGGCAUUUCUUAGUCCUAUUUUCUGGUCUCACAUACUGCAACUAUGCACCCUCUUUUUAAGCUGAUUCUUCUCAUGUGUCUUUUAGAUAUUUGUCUUGCACAGAAUGUCACUGUAUUGUCAGGCCAACUUGGGGACACUCUGACUAUCCUCUGUCCAUACAAGCAACGUGCUGAUCGUUGGCGGAAAAAGCUGUGGUGCAAAGAGGAUAGUGCCAAUCACUGCCAACCUGUGGUUACUGCCCGACGCUUCUGGCUGCAGCUUUCAAAGAGAUCUAAUGGCAGUACUUCAAUAUCUGACAAUAUACACGAAGGCCUUGUCAUUGUUACAGUAAGCCACCUGCGGCAUGAUGAUUCAGGCAUGUAUCAAUGCCAAUCUCACUCCUCCCAAGAGGUAGACAUCCUACAGAGAGUACAACUGCAUGUGGUGGAAGAAACCAUGAGGGUUAAUAUAUCAGAUGUUGCCAAUGUUCAACAUAGCAUCUCUGGGUUUUCAGCAAGAUUACGGAUUCCUUUGAGUUUGACCCUCCUUGGGUGCAGCUUCCUAGUGUCCAAGGUUAUACUGUUAGGUCUGACAUUCAUUUGGCUGAACAGUCGACACAAAAGAGCUAAUCUCGAACCCACACUUAUUGCUUCUUCUGAAGAAUCUGUUUUGGGAGAAUCUAGAAAUGUCUGCAAAUAUAGAAGCUCUGAAUAUGGAACUGAAGUAUACAACAAUACACCAGUCUACAUUAAUUAUAUGUAUACGAUGGCAAAUCUGAACUAGGUGUUCUCGCACAGAUAAUGCUUUAUUCAUACUUGUGGUAUGACAACGAUCAUAAAACAGCAGAAUUAUGAAACAUUGCUCUUAGUGUUAAAAUCUGUACUUUAUAACCUUUUCAUAAAACGUCAACUGCUCAA